AUGGUCCACCGCCGCCCUACGUGGUCGACUCGACUAUGGUCCACCGCCGCCCUACGUGGUCGACUCGGUAGCUAUGGUCCACCGCCGCCCUACGUGGUCGACUCGAGUAGCUAUGGUCCACCGCCGCCCUACGUGGUCGACUCGCUAUGGUCCACCGCCGCCCUACGUGGUCGACUCGGUAGCUAUGGUCCACCGCCGCCCUACGUGGUCGACUCGAGUAGCUAUGGUCCACCGCCGCCCUACGUGGUCGACUCGAGUAGCUAUGGUCCACCGCCGCCCUACGUGGUCGACUCGAGUAGCUAUGGUCCACCGCCGCCCUACGUGGUCGACUCGCUAUGGUCCACCGCCGCCCUACGUGGUCGACUCGGUAGCUAUGGUCCACCGCCGCCCUACGUGGUCGACUCUAGUAGCUAUGGUCCACCGCCGCCCUACGUGGUCGACUCUAGUAGCUAUGGUCCACCGCCGCCCUACGUGGUCGACUCGAGUAGCUAUGGUCCACCGCCGCCCUACGUGGUCGACUCGAGUAGCUACGCCCCACCGCCGCCCUACGUGGUCGACUCGAGUAGCUAUGGUCCACCGCCGUCCUACGUGGUCGACUCUAGUAGCUACGCCCCACCGCCGUCCUACGUGGUCGACUCGAGUAGCUAUGGUCCACCGCCGUCCUACGUGGUCGACUCGAGUAGCUACGCCCCACCGCCGCCCUACGUGGUCGACUCGAGUAGCUACGCUCCGCCGCCGCCGCCCUACGUGGUCGACCCCCCCAGCUACGCUCCGCCGCCGCCGCCCUACGUGGUCGACCCUCCCAGCUACGCUCCGCCGCCCUACGUGGUCGACCCUCCCAGCUACGCUCCGCCGCCCUACGUGGUCGACCCUCCCAGCUACGCUCCGCCGCCGCCGCCCUACGUGGUCGACCCUCCCAGCUACGCUCCGCCGCCGCCGCCCUACGUGGUCGACCCUCCCAGCUACGCUCCGCCGCCGCCGCCCUACGUGGUCGACCCUCCCAGCUACGCUCCGCAGCCUCCGCCGCCCUACGUGGUCGACCCUCCCAGCUACGUUCCGCAGCCGCCGCCGCCCUACGUGGUCGACCCUCCCAGCUACGUUCCGCAGCCGCCGCCGCCCUACGUGGUCGACCCUCCCAGCUACGUUCCGCAGCCGCCGCCGCCCUACGUGGUCGACCCUCCCAGCUACGUUCCGCAGCCGCCGCCGCCCUACGUGGUCGACCCUCCCAGCUACGUUCCGCAGCCGCCGCCGCCCUACGUGGUCGACCCUCCCAGCUACGUUCCGCAGCCGCCGCCGCCCUACGUGGUCGACCCUCCCAGCUACGUUCCGCAGCCGCCGCCGCCCUACGUGGUCGACCCUCCCAGCUACGUUCCGCAGCCGCCGCCGCCCUACGUGGUCGACCCUCCCAGCUACGUUCCGCAGCCGCCGCCGCCCUACGUGGUCGACCCUCCCAGCUACGUUCCGCAGCCGCCGCCGCCCUACGUGGUCGACCCUCCCAGCUACGUUCCGCAGCCGCCGCCGCCCUACGUGGUCGACCCUCCCAGCUACGCUCCGCAGCCGCCACCGCCCUACGUGGUCGACCCUCCCAGCUACGCGCCGCAGCCGCCACCACCCUACGUGGUUGACCCUCCCAGCUACGCGCCGCAGCCGCCACCGCCCUACGUGGUUGACCCUCCCAGCUACGCCACGCAGCCGCCACCGCCCUACGUGGUUGACCCUCCCAGCUACGCCACGCAGCCGCCACCGCCCUACGUGGUUGACCCUCCCAGCUACGCCACGCAGCCGCCACCGCCCUACGUGGUCGACCCUCCCAGCUACGCCACGCAGCCGCCACCGCCCUACGUGGUCGACCCUCCCAGCUACGCGCCGCAGUCACCGCCUUACUCUGUCAACUCCCGCUAUAUAUUGCCUGCUAUCUCCACGUUUUCUUUCCAGUCUCUCUACGAAAACUUUCCCACCAACACAUAUAAAGCAAAUGAUGUAAGCUUCACGGUCUCUUUUUCCCGCUAUAUUCCUGAUAUAUAUGAUCCUAAUUCUUAUAGUUCUGCCAGUCCUCACUCCCCAUACGAUCCUUAUGCUCCCACAACUCCUAGUACCAAGUCCAAUUCCUACGAAUCUCCUUACAAGCAGUUUCUAGUAAGAGCUCUUCCUGAGGAAGGUAAGAACACCAAUAUGACAACACCUACAACACAAAGAUCAACUCCUGAACAGGCACGAGUUCUAGACGAUACUCGUGUUCCUGUACCAGAACAUUAGAUCUUGGUAAAAUUCAACUUAAACCUGCAGAUUGAAGCAAGAUUUGGUUUCUAUGUAAAAUGUUUGGGUAGUAUUGUACCUACAACCAAAGAAUGUGUGGAUAGAUCCGAUUGUGUAUGUUGUUAUAAUGCAGUUUUAUUAAAGGCUUCUGUUGUAUAUGGCUUGUGGUCUUUCAAACUAAUGUACUCCAACAGUCAGAGGAAGAAAAGGCUUGUAAGGGCCCACCAAGAUUUGGUGUCUGUAAAAUGUUUGGGUAGUAUUUAUUGUACCUACAACCAAGAAUGUGUGGAUAGAUCGAUUGUGUACGUUGUUAUAACGCAGUUUUAUUAAAGGCUUCUGUUGUA